AUGUUUACCAUGUUUUCUGGCACAUUUGGGAAUCCCCUAUACUUUUUUGCUACAAACACGUCCCAUGUCACUCAGGCGGAAAUGUGGGUCCGCUUGUCGGACAUUCUCGAGUUCUUUUUUGUUGCUCAUCCUGCAUCAGGAAGGAAGGAAGGAGAAGAGCAUCAUCGAAUAAUGUACUUCUAUCCAAAAGGCGAUACGCUUGAUCGGCAAGCGAAAAUAACCGGUUUCGCAGAGGCUGUGGUGAACUUUACCGAUAACUUUGUCAGCCCACGAGAUCAGGCCGAGAAGCCAGAGUUCCCCUUCCGGACGGUGUCCACGCAAAAGUCGGACCAUGUCUAUAUCCAAGUGGAAGAAUGUGAAUUCCUUAUCGGACUUGCCUUAUCAAAGUAG